AUGUUUGAAAAACCCAUCAAAUCGCUGGGGCUGAACAAUUUUGAUGAUGUCGACGACCUCUCAGCCAGUGAUGAAUCUGACCCUGAAGAACCACCCUGCAGUGCAUCCUUUGACCCUGAGCUGGAUAUAGAUGAUGAUGAUGUGGAGGUGAGUAGGGACCUCUCAGGAGAGCCGUGGCUGGGGAUUGAUGUGGAGGACAUCACACCUCCACAGCCAGUCUUCCGCCCUGCGCGCACUCCUGGACCGCAGCUCUUGGGUGGAGUCGAUUACUCUAACCUCGACCUCUUCCACCUUUUCAUCUCUAAAACCAUGUUGCAGGGGAUUGUUCGCAACUCCAACACAUAUGGAGAGAGAAUGCAUCCUCAGGCAUGGCAGGCGAUUAGCCUGGAGGAUAUGUAUUCCUACAUGGCCAUUGUCAUAUAUAUGGGCCUGGUGGAGAUCAAAACGAUCCGGGACUACUGGAAGAAGUCGGACCUUUAUAAUUUUCCAUUCCCUGCCUCAGUCAUCUCCGGCCGGAAAUUCAUGGCCAUCUCCCGCAGCCUUCACCUCAGCUCCCCUGAUGAUGAUGAGGCCAACGACAGGAAAAAGGGCACAGCUGGCUAUGACCGACUGUGCAAGGUGAAGCCCAUGUACCAUCAAAUCAGGGAGAUGUGCAGGGCCUACUUCCAUCCCAGACAGAACAUCUCCAUCGACGAGAGGAUGGUGAAGUCAAAGGCCCGAAUAACCCUUCCCCAGUACAUGAAGGACAAGCCCACAAAAUGGGGUUACAAACUUUUUGUGCUGGCUGACUCCUCUACAGGUUAUACCUGGGAUUUUUUCAUUUAUGAGGGCAAAGGAGCACCAAUCAACAAAGGAAUGAGUUACGAUUCAGUAAUGAAUCUUAUUGACGUGCCAGUGCUGGGGCGGGGCUAUAAACUGUACAUAGAUAACUUCUACACCAGCCCUGCCCUAUUCCUGGACCUACUGGACAACAAGUCUCCACGGGGCACCAUCCGCUGGAUCAGAGAGGGUCCACUGGUCUUCGUGCAGUGGAGAGACACAAGGGAUAUCAGCAUCUGCUCCACCAUCCACCCGGCACACAGUGACAAUACGGUGCAGAGAAGGGUAAAGGCAGAUGGGCAGUGGGUAGAGCAGGAGAUCCCUGCCCCACCAGGGGUGUCUGAUUAUAACAAACAUAUGGGUGGGGUUGACCUCUCAGAUGCCAUGAUUGGCUAUUACAACACGCUACACAAAACCAGGAAGUGGUACAAAAAAAUGUUCUACCAUUUCCUGGACAUCGCCAUUGUGAAUGCCUUCAUUCUGCACCAGGAGCUGGCCAAGGAGAGGCAGCGGGUCCCUAUCACACAAAAGGAGUUCCGCGAAGCCCUGGUGCUGGAGCUGAAGGCAGCUGGCUCCCCCUCCACAGCCCCCCGACAGGCACCCCCUCGUGCUCCCUCUGGUGUACCUCACAAGCUUCGACACUUCACCCUGGAUGGCAGUGCAGGGAGACGGCGGUGUGUGCACUGUAGCAUGAAGACAACUGUGGAGUGCACAUCAUGCAGUGUAGCACUCUGCUUCACGGUCUCCAGGGACUGCUACAAUGAGUGGCACAAUGUAAAUACUCUGUAA